AUGGAUACUCUGAGUGAUAUUUAUUAUUUAAUGCAAUUGAUUGUUCGACAAAUUUUGAUAUUUCUACGAGAUUUUAUUUUCCGCGAACUUACGUGGUUCACACUAGCGGAGGAAAAUUUUGAUAACGCGAAUUCAAAGAUAUUGGACGUUGCGCCGCAUCCCGCCACCGAUUUUUUCGUACUUUUCACUGUUUGCGGCCUCCUCUUUGCGUUUAUGAUUCUACCCACAAAUUCCAUCAAAAACGAAGCGUCGAAUUAUGAUCUCAAUAAUAUUGAAAUGAUAUCUACGACUUUUGAGAAUUCGUCGCCUCUUUGGUACUCAAAACCUGCAAACUCUAGCUUAAUAAGUUAUUUUCACGAUUGCAACUCGAUCAAUCCAUCGCGCGACACGGUUCCUAAACAGCAAAAUAUCUCGCAUCCGAGUUUCUCAAAAUGCAGAGUGUCAUUGCAAUCGAAAGCCUCAAAUUACAAGGUGCGUUCCAUCCGUUCUCGGCAUUCUCAUAAGACACAAGUGAAUUAUCUCGCUUCUCAAACUAUUGGUCGAGAAUGGUUGGUAAGACGCACCAGGAGUGGUCACGUCUACGGAAAAUAUCCGAUAUAGCGAAAAUACAAGAGAAACGAUCACUUUUAAAAUAAAACACCUAAAGCUAAGCAUCUAAAGCUAAGCAAGGAAAUUUAUUUUUUGAUAUUUAAUUUGUCGCAACGUCAACUUGAAACGAGAAUAUCUUUCUUGGACGAAAGGAUGUGCGAUUUUUCUAAUUUUGACAGUUAUAAAAUUUUUCUCACGCUAUAUUAUAAUUACAAAACAGUUUUUGAUAAUUUUAUUUUCCUUGUUACUUAUAUCAUCCUUUUACCGACACGAUAUGCUUACGUGGCUUUACGUUGUUUCUUCUUUCGACAUUGUCUUUUGUAUUUUUAUCAAUCUUUCCAUGUCGUGCCGGUGGAUAUAGUAUAUGUACAUGGGAUUAUAUAUACGCAUACAUAUAUACACGUGUUUGUGAUCGGUUUAUAACGUACGUUAAUAAAUGUUUUAUUACGGUUCCGUGAGUUCUUGACUGAUUACUUGUACGUUUUUAAUGACGAUUAACCCUUUCGGCGUAUGCGUUAUCGGUAGAUAACGACACGCGCGGAUUUUAAUCGCUCAACAAUUAUUGCACUUGUCUGUAUUGUCUGUCAUAAAAUGGAAGCCAGUUUUAUCAUUGCGGACACAGUAUCUUUCAUUAGAUUAUGUGGGUUAUGUGUAAAGAUUGAAUUCGAUAUAAAAUCGAUAUAGUCAUUAGCGUUAGCGAUAAAAAACGCAACAGAAAAAUCUUUUCAAAACAACUAAAAACAGCCUUUUCUCUUUUAUCAAACCAAUGUUGCAUUAC